AUGAGCGUGUGGAUCUGUAAACCCACAGGCCUUAAGCAGGGGUGGGGCAUCUUCCUCCUGAGGAGCCAGGAAGACAUCUCGGCCUUUAGACUCAAGCUGCAGAACAUUGCAAAGAGUCAGUGCAACAGGAAGCUGCCUUUUCGCCUGCCCCAGGCAUGCAUCGUGCAGCGGUGGGUGAACACUAGGGCUGUGAACGCUACUCCAUUAGGACGUUCAGUACUGUGUCUGCCAUAAGGAAUUGCAGAUGAUAUGAUCAUAUCAUAGAAAUAGAUAGAGGACAUCUUUGUAUCUGAGCCGUUAUAGUGUCUGUGACAGCAUGGACAGCGUCAUUAAGGCAAUCUCCAAUUUGAAGUAGUUCAUUUUCUUCUUCACGAUUGGCUGAUCCCUCCUGAUGACCCGGUUGAACAUGACUCCAGCAGGGUCACAAGGAGGGAUCAGCCAAGGAAGUUGGAAGACCCACCCAGUUGACUACAUUAAAAUGGUGGAAGUCCUUAAUGCCGCAUCCCAUGCUGAUAUGGCCUUUUUGACAACUAGAGGUCUCUAUCAUUUUCUAUGGAUCAUAUACAUUCUAUAAUUUUUAUUUAAUUCAAUGUGGUUAUACUGUAGUACUCCGCAGCGGCCACGCAGCUUGUAUAAACCAAAUUUAGAAAAGUGUUUGAAAAUUCUCCAUGAAUUGCAAAGCUGCCAGUGUCAACCAGAAUCGGAUAUGUUAUUCCAUUUCUUACCAACAGAGGGAAUACAAGAUCUGUUUUUAAAAGAGAUGUACUGUAGAUACAACGCUUUGGGCCUGUAUUCAGAAAGAGUCAGAGUAUGAGUGCUGGUCUAGGAUCAGUUUUGCUUAUAGAUCAUAGUGAAUAAGAUUAUAUGGACUGGCGUGGAUUAGAAUGUAUAAUAACUAAUGUUUCCUCAGGUAUGUCCAGAACACUCUGCUCCUGAAGGUGAGAAAGUUUGACGUGUGCUUCUACUUCCUCAUUGUCUGCACCUCACCCUACAUGGUGUUCUUUCGCCAUGGUUACGUACGCUUCCUGUGACCUUUAUGACCCCAACUCCCACAACCUCGCUUCCCAUUUUACCAAUAAGGUGAGUAGAAAAAGGAUGCUUCUCUUGCUCAGCUUGCAAAAUUAUUUUGCAUCCCUUGACCUGCAAGUUUAGUAAUAUAAGCUGAGUAUCACUAUUUCAGAAUCAGGUUGUCAACAGAUGCAUCGCCAUAGGAUACUGCAUGAAAAUAGACCAGAAACCAGGUCAUAAAAUAAUGGUACCAGUCCAGUUUCAAACUUGGCCCUGUAACAACUCUCUCUCUGGCCAAUUCAUGUGUAUCCUGGUCCCCCUGCUGUACAUGCAGAAGAAGAACCCUCUGUACAGUGUGCUGAAGGAGGAGACCGUCUGGUCCAUGGACUGA